GCAUAUGAACUAUGUCGCCGAACAUGUUAUGAAGUUCGUGAUGAACUCGUUUCUUUAUUUGGACCAGAGUUCCCUUCUCAAGUUUUAGACCCGACGCAACCAGGAUAUGGUCGCCUCACACUCUCUGAUUCUGUACCGACUAAAAAACGCCAAAGGCGCAAGCCAAAAGAUGUGCGUAUUGAUAGCUCUCCUUCCGUAAAUAAGGGCAAGACUAAAACCAUCAUCAAAGUGAUGGCUUCUCCAAUCGAUGAUAACACCGGUGAACUUACUCACGACUUAAUGCAUGAUACCCACGUUAUUAAUGAUCGCGUUGCUGAUCAGCAUCUUCAUAAUACCGGUUGUCAAGUUCAAGAGAACCAUCAUCGUCAUUUGGUCAUUCUUCGUAAACAAAAGCGUCCGGUUGAUGAUAUACAUAUUAAUGAUUCAAUCUCAGAAAAUCAGGCCAUUUCUAAACGAAGAAGACAUCAUUCUCCUGAAAAUGGUAGUCUUGGUGAUGAUGAAGAUUCUUCCUCUGAUGAUGGUCUCGCUCCUUUGGUAAGUAAUCGUCGUGGCUCGGACUCCGCCUACUCUAGUGCUUCUCAACACCAUGAUCAGCAUCAAUUUUCUCCUGUUGAUUCAUCUAUGCAAAAAACUCACCGUGAACUUAUUCAUUCACCUCGUUCUUGUUCUGUUUCUCCUACCUUUACACCUUCUGUUAUUGAACCCGCUCCC